AUGGAGGUUACAAAUAACGUAUCAGCCUGGGACGUAGAUGUUCUACGUACCAAAUUCUCCCUCGCGCUCUCUGAGAUGUAUCGGCAAGAGGUUCCUCGUUAUGGCGACCUCAUUCAGAUUGUACGAGAUGUCGAUACAGCAGUUCUAAGAGCAGAAGGCCAGAGGCCGGAGGAUCUUCCCUUGAGAAAUCAUCUUGAACGGCACGGGGCAAUAAGGCUUGGGUCAGAGGAGGAACUGCAAGUGAUCAAGCGCCUCUUUGCUAUUUUCGGAAUGCAUCCUGUCGGCUACUACGAUCUACAAGUUGUCAAAUUUCCACUUUCCGGCCAAUCACUGAGGAAUCCCUGGCCAAAAACCCAUUUCGAGUCUUUACCCAGUGAGGCAGAUGAGUUGAUCACUGAAAGCCUCAAAGUCUUCAAAUGGCACUCCAGAUCCAUGGUUACAAUCGGGGAUUACAACAAGCUGAAACAGGAACAUCCUUUGGUGGCAGACAUUGUGUGCUUUCCCAGCGCGCACAUCAACCACUUGACACCUAGGACCCUUGAUAUCGAAUAUGUUCAAAAGGAGAUGAUACGAAGAAACUUGCCAGCAAAGGAGAGGAUCGAAGGGCCCCCUGUUCGUCGCUGUCCUAUCCUACUUCGACAAACCAGUUUCAAAGGUCGUGACGAAUUAGUCAAUUUUCCCACGUCGACCGGAGACGCCGUACCCGGUACGCAUACUGCACGGUUCGGAGAGGUUGAGCAACGUGGCGCUGCCGUUACCCGUAAAGGACGUGGUCUUUACGAUGAACUUCUGAAUACAGCUUCGGAACAAUCUUCCGGAAGUAGUAGGAUUACUCUGGAUGAAGCGUUGGUAAACGCAUUUAGGGCGUAUCCGGAUACCUGGCGCGAGCUACAAGAAAAAGGGCUGAAACGCGUACCAAGCGCCAUCAUCAAGAAGAUGAUGAAGAUGUGCAACCGCCCCGCCACCGCAGAAAAACUAUCCGGAAGCGGAUCGCCAUUGCAUGCGAAGAAUGUCGGUCCCGGAAGCGAAAGUGCGAUGGGGCAAUGCCGGCUUGCAGCGGAUGCACGAAGAGGAUGUCUGCAAGCGUCAAGUCCUGAUCAUGAAGAGCAUGCCGUAGCUGUGGGCACUGAAGAAUACCCCGAUCAAUGGGAAGCAACAUUCCCCAGUGGUGAAUCUGGCAUCGACCAGGCGCUAGGCGCCUCAGCACCUGUUGAAAAGAGUAGGCAUGGAUUCAGCCCCUCAGAGUUGCAAAGACUUGAAGAGCUCAAGAGACCGAUUCGACAGAUGAUAGACCAAGACGAAAACUCAAACGAAGACCUCCUGGCUGUUACUCCAAACCAAACCCUGUCGAGCUCAGGCACAGAAGCGCAUUGUACCUGUGACUCGGUAGUUCAUCAGACUCAAUGGUUUUUACCACUCUGA